AUGUCCAUCUUAUCCUACAACGGAGCAGCAAUUAUCGCCAUGGCGGGAAAAGAUUGCGUCGGCAUUGCAUGUGAUACUAGAUUAGGUAUGCAAGCACAGACUGUUGCCAUGGACUUUCAAAAAGUGUUUCGUGUGACAGACAAGACAUUCCUAGGAUUGGCGGGCUUGGCUACAGACGUCCAAUCCGUUUCACAGCUACUCAAGUUUAAGAUUAAUAUGUACAAGAUGAAUGAGGAACGUGACAUUAAGCCCAAGACACUGAGUGCACUGCUGUCUAAUAUGAUGUACGAAAAGAGGUUCGGCCCGUGGUUUGUCGAGCCUGUAAUCGCCGGCUUAACCGAGGACAACAAGCCUUUUCUAUCCAGUAUGGACUGUUUAGGCUGUGAGAUGAUUACACAAGACUUUGUAGUGGCUGGCACAAUGGAAGAGGCACUCUACGGCAUGUGUGAGUCCAUGUACAAGCCUGAAAUGGAGGAAGAGGAUCUAUUUGAGACACUUUCGCAGUGUCUUUUAUCUGCUUGUAAUCGUGAUGCGCUCUCUGGUUGGGGUGCUGUCGUGCACAUUAUCACACCCAAGGGUAUUACUUCCAAGAAGCUACUGUCGCGCCAGGACUAG